AUGAUCUCAGACACAGAUGCGUCUUGGUCAAGCCGGGACUUGGCAAAUCUUUUGUGGGCUGCAGGUAAGCUGAAACGGAGUGACCCACUGCCGAGCACGACACUGGCAGCUUCUGAACUCACCGCGGGGGAUCUGGCGAACGUUGUUUGGACCCAUGCCGUCCUCCGGCGGCCUCUGGAGCCGUUGAUGGUGAAGCGCCUGGGCCUUCUGGGCGAGUUCCGCCUGCGGGAGUUGACCAACAGAGCGUGGAAGACAGGUGUGCUGCAGCUGCCCGAGGCCAUCUUGGCCGAAUCGAUGCGUCGAGUGCUGGACGUGCCAGCGCGAAUUGAAGCACGAGACCUGGCCAGCUUGGUGUGA